AUGAGUCCACCGUCAGAUAUUGUCUGCAAAAAAGGACCAUUAAAGUGCGAGAAAAAUGCAUCAUUUUUAAUUGAUACCAGAUCUCUUAAGCGUCCUACUGAUUGGAAAUCUGAUGACCUGGGAUCUUUCCAUAACGUGGGCUGUGUCAGUAUAGGGUUCUUUGAGACCUCCGAAGAAGUCUGCUUUAUUUCAAAGUCACGCCCACCCAGAAGUGCCCAGGCUAUAGUUCAACUUAGGAAGACCUACUGGACCCACAGUAUCCAUAAAGACUUCAAGCGUCGAAGCUAUGAGUUGUGGAGUGGCCAGGGAAAAAGAGGAAGGUACAUUUUACUGCAGUACGAGUUCGACGAGGAGGAGCACCCUGUAAGAAAGAAACCGCACGGCAAUGCAGAAUCCAGCAAGCCAUUUGCAAGAACCAAGGCCAGUACUCUACAGAAAAUAAAGGCUAAGAGCUUGUGCAAAGGUCCAUCCCAGGUCUACGACGAAGUAUUUGAAGAAGCAAAUGGCGUUCUUGGCUUUGAGUCUCUUGGAGACAUCCCAAAAGGGCGAAAACAAGUAGAGAAUGUGAAGUUCAAUUCAAAAGCUGUGCCUCGUCGAUCCAAAGACGAACUGUGCGAUCUCGUUGAGAAGUCUAAACUAGAAUCUGAGCCCUAUAUUAGAAGAAUACAAGUAACCCCGGAGCCAGCUUGUAUUCUGGCGACAGAGCAGCAGAUAAAGGAUCUUAAACGAUCGAUUCUGUACGACCAAUACACUUACUCCUUCAGUCUUCUGUGUGGACACCACAUUCAACAUCGGCGAUUACUACGUCACUGCAACAACUUACAGGCAUCUGAUGCUAACUGAUGUAAAAUAUGGCGGUCAUCCCACAAUGCUUGGUCCCUGUAUGCUGCACAUGAAGCGAAAACAGGAGUCAUAUAAUUUCUUGGCAUCAUCUCUGGUGUCCAUUGAUAACGAAUUAUCAAACAUAGUAGCAAUAGGAUCCGACAGGGAUGCAGCACUGAGGAAAGGUAUAAAGCCAUGUUUUCCAAUAGCCACUUGGCUAUCUUGUAAAAAACACGUAGAAGAUGACGUCACACGAAAGCUACUUGAAUUGCGCAUUGGAGAGUCAGAGAGGAAGGAGUUUCUGCUGGAUAUCUUUGGAAGUGAUGCACGAGAAGAAACAGGCCUUAUUGGUGCAUGCAGUUGUGAAGAGUUUGAUGUUUGCUUGGAAUCGCUGUAUCCAGUCUGGAUAAAACGAGAAAUGGAGGCCAGGGGUCUUUCAAAGGAAGCGACAACAGAGUUUUACUCGUACUUUCUAACCAACGUAGCCUCAGACAUGAAGACGACAAUGAUCAAGCCCGUGCGAGAGAGGAUUGGUUUGGGUGAGAACUUUUUUUACAAUAACGACCCCGAAUCCAUGAAUGACAGAAUCAAGAAGCGAAAAGGAAAGGGUUCCCGGAAACUGUCGUGGACUGAGUGCGUUGAUCUGUUACAAAGCCUCGCGGAAGAGCAAGCACGCAACGGAGAAAGAGCAUUGAUUAACGAAGGGCCCUACCAGCUGAGCGCUGGAUUUGCUCACAUGAAAAUCACGCCAGAGAAGUGGUUGUCGCUUUCUUCCCAACAGAAAGAAAAAAAAGUUUCUUUGUUUCGUUCGGCUUCUACUGGAAGCGCCUUAUGUAGAUCAAGUAACACUUGUACCACUUCACAGCACGUCCCGCCUUCAGAGGUGCAGGAUGAAGAGCCAACUGAAGAAGACGACGAUUCAGAGAAUCCUGUGGUGGACAAAACAAAUUCAUCGUCUUCAGGCAAUCUCACCGUGGCGGCAACAAUGGGAAUGCCUAAGUCCGCAGGUCGGAAACCAGGGUCC